AUGUCCCUCCCAGCCAAUGACAUAGUUGAGGCCCUUGACGAUGUCAACAACUCCACCGACGUCACCGGGCUCCUUGAAAGCCUCACCGGUCUCGUGCAAAACGUUGUCAGUUUCCUUCCUACGCUCCUCGCCCAAAGCCAAGAGAACAACCGCGCUUUGGCGCAUAUAUGCAGUUUUACCCAGGCUUCAACUGGCAAGAACUACUGCUCUACGGCGUCAAGUGUCAUGGUGCCGUCGAUGCUGGGAAUGGUGGUUGCUGUGACGGUGGUGGUGUUGGUCAAUAUGGUCGACCACGUCCCUUAA